CGACUCUUCCGUGUUCCUCUUUGACGUCUAAAUCCCGAACCCCCUCUCCCCUCCGGCUCCGGGCGAGCCCCAUUCCCAAGGCUCUCUUCCCUCCGACGGGCUCCAUCCGCCGGCCUUGAGCACUACCUGGUGUUUGAGUCAGGGCCGUCGGACGAGGCCCUCGGCCGCUCAGCCACCCCCGUCCGCGCCCCGCUUCGCCACCCCCGCCGCCGAGACCGAUUUCAAGCCCAUCUCCGGCGCCAUUCGAUCAUGGCCGCAGAAUCGCCGACUUCCGACCGGAAAGUUGUAGUUCACCUGAGAGCGACCGGCGAUGCUCCGAUACUCAAGCAAGCCAAAUUUAAGAUUUCUGGGAAUGACAAAUUCUCUAAGGUCAUUGAAUUUCUUCGUCGUCAGCUUCAUAGAGAUACAUUAUUUGUUUAUGUCAAUAGUGCAUUUUCACCAAAUCCCGAUGAAUUGGUGAUUGAUCUAUACAACGAAGGUUUUAAAGUCUUGGUAUCAGGUGCUGUACCUUACCAGCAUGGUGUGGUAUGAUGUGCUCCCAUGCCUCCACAGAAUUUUGGGUUUGAUGGGAAGCUGGUGGUCAACUAUGCGUCCUCCAUGGCAUGGGGCUAAGAGCAAAUGCACAGUGGUCUUCAAGCUGGAUUUCUGGCUACUUGCACAGGGAAAGAUAAGCUCUGUUUUUUUUUUUUUUUUUUUAAUUUUGGGUUCAUGAUUGUAAAGUAUUUCUUGGCAUCAGAUGAAUGAUGACAGAGUUGCCACUUUGUGACAAAUAUAAGUUGUGCUGCUUUCAAGUGUUGUUUCUUUAUGGGAAUCAAGGUUGAAAAGGCACCAUUUUUUCUAUGCAAUAAUAUUCCUUUUUUUUUA